UCCAGCAGGUGAAGACAAAACACUCAGGAACUCAGAGACUCGCGCUUCGUCUGAUUUGACCUCCUCUGUAGCUCCGCGGCCACCGUAGACCGGAAGUGAGUGUCACCAUGGUGCUGGAGAAGAAAGCUUCCGCUCGUGUGGAGGCCGGUCAGCGGCGUGUGUUGGAUGAAGCCACCAGACAGAGGAGACUGACCAGACAGCUGGAAGCUCUGGAGAAAGACAACUUCCAGGACGACCCUCUGUCCUCCCUGCCUCCCCCAGGUCCUACUGCCCGCCUGCCCGCCUUCAGUGAGACCGAAGAACCAGAGAAGAAGAGGAGGAAGACGAGGGGCGACCACUUCAAGCAGCGUUUCAGGAAGAACUUCACGACGCUGCUGGAGGAGGAGAACCUGUCGGAGCGGCCGGAGCCCAACUACCUGUCAGCGGAGGCCCCGCCCUCCUCUCUUCCCCCCCGACACUUCUGCUGCGUCUGUGGCUUCCCCUCCCACUACACCUGCACCACCUGUGGGGGGCGCUACUGCAGCAGCAGGUGUCUGUGCACACACAGGGAGACCAGGUGUCUGAAGUGGACGCUCUAAAGGCCGCCUCGUCACCGUGGUGAUGGUGAUGAUGAUGAUGAUGAAGGUGCUGCCUGAUCUCUGAGGUGUACAGACAGACAGUUAGCUUAGCUUAGCAUAAAGACUGGAAACAGAUGGAAACAGCUAGCCUGGCUCCGUAUCUGAUGUGUUCAUCAGUCCGGUGAAAGGAUGAGGAGCUAAGAUGCUAACGUGAGCUGCUUUAUUUUGUACGUGCACAUCUGUCAGCCAGAUGUUGAACCGUGUUUGUAAAUAAUGAAUAGAGUUGAUCUGGUUUCAUCUUUUAUUAAAGAAAAAUCAACUUUA